AAGAUGCCUACACCGCCAUUGUAGUUUAUUGUGCGGAGCUCGUUGUGCGUCCAUUUGAAUUUGUGAUGUGAAUCCGUCUACAUCUUCGACAUCCUAGUGUUUUCCUCAAAAUUUCACCAUGAGCGGUGGCAUGCCGGAGUUAGGGAGCAAGAUCAGCUUGAUCUCCAAAGCUGAUAUUCGUUAUGAAGGGAAAUUGUUUACAGUGGACGCGACGGAAUGCACCAUAGCCCUCUCAGAAGUGCGCUCAUUUGGUACUGAAGACCGUGAAACAAGAUGUGUCGUACCAGCCCAACCUCAGAUCUACGACUACAUCCUGUUCAGAGGAUCCGACAUCAAAGACAUCCGAGUUCUCAACACCCAGCCACUCAACGAUCCUGCUAUUGUUCAACAGGUCUCCGCUCCCCCGGCUCUGUCGCAGCCCAACUACCCGGCGAUCCAACAGCACUCUGGGUUCUCAGCACACCCUAUGAUGGGCCAGGCGCCUGGGCACGGUGUCUACCAGAAUUACAACCCAAUGGCCUCGGGUAUGAAUUUAGGUCCUCGUCAGGCUCAAAGCCAAACAAGUGAGUUGGAACGUUCCCCCCAACCAGGGCCCCCUCACCAUCCCCCCGGGCCUCCGGGUCCUCCCGCCCACCAUCAUCAACAACAACCUCAACCCCCUCAUCCAACCGACAAUGAUUUGAUCGGAGGCUCAUCCCGGUCAUCAACCCCGGCAGUUGGAGCUCCUAGUCGCAAAUCUCCCAGUCUGGACCAAAACAUUCAAGCAAGUAAUCAACAAAAUCGUCUGAACAAGUCUCAGUCGAAUCAGCAUCACUACCGUGAUAACCAAGGCUUCAACAGAGGAGGAUACAGGGAUAACUACAACAGGGGAGAGCUCCGAGAUCGGGACUAUAGAGACAACAGGGAUCGUGACAAUUUCAGGGAAAAUAGAGACCGAGGAGACUUCAGGGAUAAUAGAGACCGUGGUGACUACAGGGAUUAUCGUGAUAGAAAUAAUUAUUCUGGUGGACAAAUGUUAAACCGAAUGCCAAAUGCUGGUCGAGGAUGGGUUCAACGAGGAGGAGUAAGGCAAUGGGGUAACGGACGAGGGGGAAGACCGCAAGCUUACAAUAAUCGACCUGCUGGUCCUCUAGGUCCUAACCAAAAACCCAGGAACAAGAUUAAAUUCGAUAAGGAAUAUGAUUUCGAACAAGCCAAUUCUCAGUUCGAAGAACUAAGGAGUCAAUUAAGCAAAAUUAAAAUCGAUGGUGAAGCAGCUGCUGUAAGAGUUAACGGUGAGACUGACAAGAAAGAUGAUAGUGGAAAUGAAACCGGAAUUGGUGAAGGCGAAACAGAAAGUGAAGAGGCAGAAUCUGCUUUCUAUAACAAAGCUAAAUCAUUCUUCGACAAUAUCAGCUGUGAAGCCAUUGAGCGAAGUAAAGGGCGACUCCAGCGAGUAGACUGGAGACAGGAACGUAAACUCAACUCUGAGACUUUCGGAGUCACGCGGUCCUGGAGGGGCAAUUUCAGGGGCGGAAACUUCCGAGGAUACUACCCUGGGGCUGGCUACAACAACAAUUAUAACCGAGGAGGAUAUCAUAGGCAACAAAAUUACAACAACAGACCGCAGAACAGCAAUAGAGGUGCUUUAAAUUCGGAGAACCGUACUGAACAGAAGAGACCAGCGGCCGCCACCGCCGCAGCGGCAACGACAGCACCACCUCCCACUCCCACCACUGCCAACACUACCGCAGCCAGCGAUUGAAUUUUAGGAGCAGAUCAUACUUAAAAUGAAAGUCUGAACGUAGAGAGUAUUAGUUAUCGAGGUGAAGACAACCAAAAGAAGAAUGUUUUUUUGAAUCUGAACAAAUUCGUCGAGUUAUGAUUGAAUUAUUUUUUUAAUUUUCUCCAUGCAAAAUGUAAGUUACAUGCAAAUGGUUUUAUGUACUUUAUCUUUAAUAGAUUUAUAUUAUUGUUUCAAUGUAUAGGAUGAAAUGUCAUUUUUAAGUUUUGCUUGAGCUGUGUACAAGAAAGACGAAUCAGUUAGACUGGAUAAAGAAUUGUACAUGUUUCUAUGGUAGGAGUCGGGUACAAUGAGAGUAUUCUAAUGGUUCAACUAAUUUUGUUUUUAUACAUGUUUUGUAAUACUAAGGAAAAAGAUUUCUCAAAUAAGAUAUCGGGCAAAAUGUGUACAAAUGUAUUUUUUCUCCUCUUGUUUGGAAAAGAUGUCGAUCGGAAGUUUCACGUUUAAUUUUUUCAAUGAAAUCAGAAUGAGAACGUUUUUAUUUGAAUUUUUCCCAAAGAAAGCCCGUCUUUUUGAUAUGACCUAAUUUUAAUUUGCCUAGUGUUGAAUAAGUUGAUUUACCCGUGGAUUUUGUAGGAGCCACUUUUAAUCUGCAUGAAAGCUCCUGCAUUAUGUAAUUUUUGUCAACUUGCCUAGUCAAUUGAUCAGUACAUCGAACCGGAAGGUACAUUUUAACACUGAUAUCCACAGAAUGAAGUUACUGUAUAAAUUGGUGUUUAAUCCUUGAGUUUGGAGAGCACUUGGCAAAGGCAUUGAUAUGACAAUAUUACAAGGUAGUAAAUAAAAGAAAGAAUAGUCAGGAACAGAGAAAUGAAUUGUAGUUUGUCUUAAUUUGACUUGUCCUAAUAUGAAUGAAAUUCCACGAUUGCAAGAAGGUUUUAAGUUUUACGAAGUCUUGAAGUUACGUUUUCCUGAGCUGAAAGUUUGCCUUAAUAAAGAUAGAAAUGCUCAAAAGAAUUGUUGAUGGGAAACUAAUGUAGUGACACACCAAAGGGUGUUAUUUGAUGAAAGUUUGGGUUUCUGUCUUAUCAUGAUGUAAAUUUGAAUGUUAGUAACGAAAGGAAAAUAUUUUAUGCUGUGAUUUAUAAAUUAUUGUGUUAGGCAACAUUCUUAUGAAAAUUUGUUUUGUGCUAGAACGCAAGAAUAAUUCAGGAAUACAUAUGCAAUCAGGUUCUUUCCCUCUUUAAGUCAAGGUUUUGAAUUCGAGGAUUGCUCUAAUUUGAAUGUCUGAAAAGUGUUUUAAUUUACUCACAUUGUGAUACAUGUUUCUUAUAGACAGCAGGGCGAAAUCCUAGACUUCUGUAAGUUCUACUGUCUUUUUAUGUUUUGUGUUUUCGUUUAAGCGAAGAUACUGAAAUUUGAUUGAAAUUGAAAGAAAAAAAUAAAUUUUUCUUAUCAUGCAAACUCCAAA